ACAAUGGUGGUCAUUAAGCUUUUGACUUUCUUAAUAGUCUUUAUACAACUUAAAAGUAUUUAUUGUAUAGUGACUUAUGAUCAUAAAUCUUUAAUCAUCAAUGGCCAAAGAAGAAUCCUCAUUUCUGGCUCUAUUCAUUAUCCAAGAAGUACCCCUGAAAUGUGGGAUGAUCUUAUAGUUAAAGCUAAAAAUGGUGGAUUAGAUGUAAUUGAUACUUAUGUGUUUUGGAAUGUUCACGAGCCUUCUCCCGGUAUAUAUGAUUUUAGUGGAAGAUAUGAUCUAGUGAGGUUUAUAAAGACAGUGGCAAGAAAUGGACUUUAUGUAAAUCUAAGGAUUGGACCUUAUGUUUGUGCUGAAUGGAAUUUUGGGGGAUUUCCUGUAUGGUUAAAGUAUGUUCCUGGUAUCAGCUUUAGAACAGACAAUGAACCAUUUAAGGUAGCUAUGCAAGGAUUCACACAGAAGAUAGUUGAGAUGAUGAAGGCUGAAAAACUAUUUGAAUCACAAGGAGGCCCGAUCAUUCUCUCGCAGAUUGAAAACGAGUAUGGUGCACAACGUAGGUCACUUGGACCAUCAGGAAAAGCAUAUAUAAAUUGGGCAGCAAAGAUGGCAGUUGAGUUGAACACUGGAGUCCCAUGGUCGAUGUGCAAAGAAGAUGAUGCGCCUGACCCUGUGAUAAACACAUGCAAUGGCUUCUACUGUGACACUUUUACUCCAAACAAGCCUAAUAAACCGACAAUGUGGACCGAAGCAUGGAGUGGCUGGUUUACGGACUUCGGUGCACCAAUUGAGCAGCGGCCAGUUCCUGAUUUAGCUUUUGCUGUGGCCCGUUUUGUGCAGAAAGGUGGCUCAUUUUUUAAUUAUUACAUGUACCAUGGUGGAACCAACUUUGGUCGCACAAGUGGAGGACCUUUUAUCACUACAAGCUAUGACUAUGAUGCCCCUAUAGAUGAAUACGGCUUGAUCAGAGAACCGAAGUAUGGUCAUUUGACAGAGCUUCAUAGGGCUAUUAAGCUAUGUGAACCAGCUUUUUUCUCAUCGGAUGCUAAAUAUGUUUCUUUAGGAAAGAAACAAAAUGCAUACACAUACGAAGGAAAUGGAAAUUGUGCUGCAUUCCUUUCAAAUUUUGAAACGGCUUCUGCUGUAAGAGUUGUGUUUAACAAUCGGCAUUAUAAGUUGCCACCUUGGUCCAUCAGUAUCCUACCUGACUGCAAAAAUGUCGUGUUUAAUACAGCAAAGGUUGUGACUCAAACAUCACGAAUGCAAAUGCUGCCAACGGGUUCUAUCUUACAGUCAUGGGAGAGUUAUCAUGAAGAUCUUUCUACAUCAGAAAACGGACCAUUGUUGACUUCAGUUGGACUUUUGGAGCAGAUAAGUGUCACUAGAGAUGCAAGUGACUACUUAUGGUACUCUACUAGCAUCGAAAUUAGUCCACUAGAGACAUUCCUUCAUGGGGGGAAAAAUCCAACUCUCACGGUUAACUCUAAAGGCCAUGGAGUUCAUGUUUUUGUGAACGGAAGGCAUUCAGGGUCAGCCUAUGGGUCACGGAAGGACACUAGAUUUACAUUUAGGAAACGAGUUAAUCUCCGAGGUGGAACAAACAAGAUUGCGUUGCUUAGUCUGGCUGCCGGACUACCAAAUGUUGGAACACACUUCGAAUUAAGAGAUACAGGAAUCCUAGGGCCCGUUUCUCUCAAUGGACUUGAUCAUGGACCAUUUGACUUAUCGAGGUUAACAUGGUCAUAUAAGGUCGGGUUAAAUGGGGAAACCAAGAACCUAAAUUCACCAAAUGGCAUAUCAACAGUCGAGUGGAGUCAAGUUGCUUUACUUGACCAUGUUAAACAACCAUUGAAGUGGUACAAGGCUUAUUUUGAUGCACCUGAAGGUAACGAGCCACUGGCUUUGGAUAUGAAGAGCAUGGUUAGGGGUCAGGUAUGGAUCAAUGGACAAAGCAUAGGAAGAUAUUGGACAGUGCGUGCCAAUGGAACAUGCAGUGUUUGCAGGUAUCCCGGAGCUUUCAGACCAGGAAAUUGCCGACGGGGUUGUGGUAAACCAACGCAACGAUGGUAUCAUGUUCCUCGAUCAUGGUUAAAGCCCACCCGAAAUCUAUUGGUGCUAUUGGAAGAAGUUGGAGGGAAUAUAUCAAGGAUAUCAUUAGUGAAAAGAGUACAGGCCCAUGUUUGUGCUUCUACAUUUGAACACCAUCCGGUCAUUGACAAUUGGCAAACCGAGAGCUCUGGUGAAUCUACUAUGCUUCAUGACACUAAGCUUCGCCUGCGCUGUGGGCUUGGUCAGUCCAUAUCUGCAAUAAAUUUUGCAAGCUUUGGGACUCCUUUUGGAGUUUGUGGAAGUUUUCAACAAGGCACUUGUCAUGCGUUAAACUCUCUCGAGCGAAUAGAAGAGACAUGUGUUGGGCAAGAGGCUUGCGAGGUGCUGGUUUCAAAUGAUUAUUUUGCAACGGAUCCAUGUCCUAACGUCUUGAAGAGGUUAUCAAUAGAAGCUGUUUGUUCUAACAAACCAAACUAGAAAUUAAGGUGACAUAACCAGGCCGAACAAAGCUAGAUAUUAGUAAAGGAAACUGCUGUCAGAUCAUGAGCGCGAGGAAGGUGAAU